AUGAGUGAUUCCCAAGAAACGCUCUAUAAGUGUGAGGAAUGCAGUUCAGAGUUUAAAAUGCGAAAGAACCUCUACGCCCAUAUGAGGAAAGUUCAUGAACUUGAUAUCCAUGUGUCUAAAAAAGGAGAAGGCAGUGAAUUGUGUCCCCAGUGCGGAAUUGCAUUUAUGAGAUGCAGUUCAUUAAAACGUCAUCAAAUAACUGUGCAUGGCAUGAAGUCGGAGGAAAACAGUCGGAAAUGGCGCAUUAUUUGCCCACAGUGCUCUCUCUCGUUUCUCACCUAUGACACACUGAGAACACAUAUUCAAGAGAACCAUGACGUUAGUUUUGAGUGCCAGGAGAUAGAAUUUGGUGGUCUUGCAGACUUUGAAGAGUGGAAAAUUUCUUACGAAAAAGUAAACCAUGUUCGUUAUGUAAUGAAUUGUUCGGAGCAGGAGCGACUAGAAAAACGUGUUCGAUAUUACCACUGCCAUCGCUCUUUCAAUUUCAAUUCUAAAGGAACAGGUGCCAGGUGUGUCAAAAGUAUGGGCACGAAUAAAAUAGGCAGUACUUGUCCAUCCAACAUGCAUGUGACAAUAACAGAGGACAAAUGCUGCUUAAAAUUUUUUCCAAAACAUAUGGGACACACCCAAGAUGUGGGAAGAACAUUUCUGCAUGGGAACGAGAGGGCAGAGUUGGCAGGACGGCUGUCACAGGGUGUACCUGUUGGACGAGUCUUACAAGAUGUCCGAAGUGCACCAAUCGCUGCAAGUGUGGAGAGAAUCCAACUCCUUGAGAAAAAAGAUUUGCAUAAUAUAAAAAGGGAUUUUGAUAUUGGUUAUGCAACGAAGAAGCAUGAAAAUGAUGCAGUGAGUGUGAAAUUGUGGGUUGAAGAAAUGAAGAGACAAAGUGACAACCCAGUACUGUAUUUCAAGCAGCAAAAACAAGUGGAUCCUAAUUUUCAAGAUGAAGACUUCAUUCUUAUUAUAAUGACAGAUUUUCAGGCCGAACAACUUCUAAAGCAUGGAGAAGAUAAAAUAUGUGUGGAUGGCACUCAUGGCAUGACUGCAUACGAUUUUCAACUUUUUACUAUUGUCGUUGUUGAUAGAUAUGGUGCUGGAAUGCCAGUUGCAUUUUGUUUUUCAAAUAGGGGAGACAUGUGCUUACUGUCUUUUUAUUUCAAAUGUGUGAGAGAAAGGGUGGGCACUGUAAAGACCAAUGUGUUUAUGUCUGACGAUGCACCAGCAUUUUAUAAUGCAUGGUCAGCAGUAAUGGGACCUGUGCCAAACCAGUUGCUGUGUUCUUGGCAUAUACAACGGAACUGGUCUCAGAAUUUAAGGAGAAUUUCUGGGGGUAGUGAGAAAAAAUCAGCAGUGUUUAGUUCACUAAAGCGACUUCAGACUGAACUGGAUAUAGAUGUUUUUAGUUGUAGUCUGGAGAAAGUGGUGGAAGACUUAUUGAAUGAUCCGGAUACUGCAGAAUUUGGCAGGUACUUUCUUAAGAUGUACUGCCAGCGAGUGGAAAAGUGGGCGUAUUGUUUUAGGCACCGAUUGGGCAUUAAUACAAACAAUUACUUGGAGUCCCUACAUAAAGUUAUUAAAUACAGUUAUCUAGAAGGGAAAAAGUGCAGAAGGCUGGAUAACUCAUUAAAUGCUUUGUUAUGUUUAGUGAGAGACAAAGUAUAUGAGGGCUUAGUGAAGCUCUCAAAACGUAAGCAGUGCUCUAGGGCGUCAAGAGUGAAAGCAAGCCACAACGAUAGCUCAGCUAUAACAAAUGGGAUGAUUUUAUGCAGGGGUGAAGGGUUGUGGGAAGUGCUUUCUUCCACUGGUUGUGAAGUGUAUGUUGUUGUAAAAAAUUCAGAACUGAUAUGCGAAAGAAAAUGUUCACUUAAGUGCAACACCUGCAACAUAUGAGUACAUUCGUAUAAAUGCAGCUGUUUAGACAACAUUUUAAAUUUUAACAUAUGUAAGCAUAUACAUGCAUGUGCCAAAUCAUUGUCUGGUGCUGUCCAGGAGAGUGAACAGUGUUCCUUGCCCUCUAGUGCAGACAAUGAAUAUGUGUCAGCAUUGCUUUCUGGCAAUUCAGAAAAAUCUGCUGACACAUUUGAACAGGAUGUGAUGUCUCACUGUAAAACUAU